AUGGCUUUCACUCCAACUCCGGCAGAGUUCGCCAAAAUGACGAUUCUUGAAAGAAUUGUCCACUACGACUGGAAGAUAGAGCUGUUGGCUCUGGGGCUCAUUGUCUCCUAUGUGGUGUUGUAUUUGAUUGGCUCUAAGUACAAUGAUUCCAAGGCCAAGAACUGGAUUGCUGCCUCUGCCAAAGUGUUGGACGAACAGUUUGCGCUUGUUGGUGUUGCGAGUAAUAAGUUGUACAUCAAAGACGACGGCGAGCACUAUGCGUUCUAUGCCUCUGGUAGACUGAACGUUGCAAGCUUUACGGCCAAAAUCAAGCUUUGCGCCAGACACAACUUGUUUGUGUGGGGUAUGGAGACGGUGCUGUCAUUUUUUUUGGAAUCUAUUGAUUAUCCCGAAGAUACCGUCACUGUGACAAUCGAUCUCGAUGCGGAGGCCAGUGCAAAGUGCGAGAGCUUCAUCUGGUCCGUUGUCUCCAAGGAUAACAUGAACAAGUACCGCAGCGACAACUACUUUUUGUCUUUGACCAAAACUGUGGAGUCUCCCAAGUUGCCUAUUGAAUACGUCUUCAUGGCUGAGAACGCUGAGACCACAGACGUGAUGUACAAGGAGUCGUACAAAGACGUCCUCAAGGAUUCCGCUUCUUUUCUCCAAUUCCUUGCUGUUACGGACUUGCCUGUCAUCAAGCCUGAGACCCUUGAGGAGGCCCAACCUAAGAAGAAGGUAAUCUUGUCGAUCAAGUUGCCUAAGUCGAAGAAGGACCUCGAGGCCUAUGACAGACUUCUGAAGCUGACGUUGAAGUUGGUUGACUAUGCUGUUUCCAACACCUCCUUCCGUCUUGAGACUUCCCGUAAGAUCAAGAAGACCAGAGAGACCGAGAUUUCCAAGAUCAAGAAGAUUUUGGAUGAGAGGAAAAAGGAGGAGCUUGAUGAAAAGAAGAUCGAGGAGAAGAAGAAGCUCCGUGAAAACUUCAGCAAGCUCUCGCUCGAGGAGCAGAAGAAGCUGGAGAAGAAACAGAACGAGAAGAAGCAGAGAAAAAUGGCCAACAAGCAAAAGGUAAGACAAUGA